CCUUGACCCACCUAAAGUUUUUAUAAAACUAGAUAUGAUUUUUAUAGCCUCUAUUCUGUAUAUACGUCCAUGAUCCUAACGACGAUGCGCUGCAGAGGGAUGCUUACUCGAGAUUCGCAAACAAGAAACUAAGCCCAAAAGACAUCACGAUAGAUUCAACUUUCAAGUCGAUUACCCCCUCGUCAGGGGGGCGCCUCAAACUUAUCUCGACUCUGCUUCGACUCUGCUUCGACUCUACCCCUCCAUAAUCUACUACAUAUAUAUCGGCGUCAUGACCGACCUCUUGCGCAUAUCGCGACCAUGGCUACUUUCCUCCUUCAAACCGCCAGUGCCAGCUCUACUCCCGCCCAGCCUUUACCGUAAUUUUAGCACAACAUCCCUCUUAAGUAAAAUACCACAGAAGAGGGAAGGGAGAGCUGCAAAUCUCCAGAACCAGCAUGAACCCGCCUUCACCUUUUUAAUUCCAAAAACUUUCGUGACCCCACCUUUAUGGCGAUUCCCACGAGAUCCGAUGAAAUUCGCCAACAUGCUAUGGCUAACUCUUAAAAAUCGCUUCGUUGACCUACAAACAAUAGCAGCUGUGAAAGUGAUGUCGAUGGACAAACUAAGGCUCAGCAGGCCGCGCUUCCAGCUCCAAAGGGCCACCAUCGUGCCCGCUGCGAAGGCGCUGCACAUCCAAAUGUCCGAAGCUAUGGCUGCCGGCGACAAGGAGACUCUCCGAUCUAUCUGCGCCCAGGAGUUAUACCAGACUCUCGCCGGCGCUAUAGACGGCCGCCCAAAAGGCGUGCACUCUAAGUGGGAGCUCGUUCGCUACGAGAAGUCCUGGCGCUAUCCGCGCUUGGCCAGCUUGAAACUUGGCAACCAGCCUCACACCCGCGAUACGUUGUUAAUCAAACAGGCAGUCGUCAGCAUCGCCAGCGUCCAGCGUAUAGCCCGCUACGACGACUCUAAGGGGGGCAUCAUUGUUGACGGGAGCGAGCGUGUGCGCCACAUGGUUGAGCAUAUCGUCCUACAGUGUGCCGUAAAUCCCAUCACUUACGAGGCUUCCCCUUGGCAGAUCUGGGGCACGUUGCCCGAGACCACUUACGAAUCUCUACUGCAGGACAUACAAGAUUACGACGACCUGGCGGAAGAGCACGGGAAUAGUAAAUAAAAUAGAAGGUAAAAUGGACGAGAGAAGAUAAUGAAAGAUAAUGGCGGAGUAUUCCUUGAUCUGCUGCCAGGCAGUGAAAAGUUCAGUUUGUAGGUAGUUGCGCUUACUGUCGUUGACCAA